AAGUUUUAGUUUGUGUUUGGUCGCUUGUUGUAUAAAAAUACAUACCCUACUACUCGCUCUUAAGAGAUUAUAGAAUUACUGUUGAUUGGUUUAUUUUUACCGAACAUGUAGAUGUUAAACGUAAUAACCAACUGCAGGCGAAACGUAGCUUCCGCAUCCGUUAAGUGAGACUACGCGGGUAAAGAGUAUUUUAUACAUCAAGAUAUCAACCUGCGGUUUUGAAUGCAUAUAAUGCUUUGUAGUCGUUGAACGUUCAAUUAUUUCCUAUUGUGAGAACCAGACGCUAAGCGGUAUAGUUAGCUUUGUUACGAAAGAACAAACAGACCCACGGAGGAAACAUGUCGCUGCUUUCUGCGGUAGAGGAGGCUAUCAAGACCUAUAAGGCCGAACAAGUCAAGCUUAACCGCAGCAUUCAAUUUCACCGAGAAAUUUUACAUAGUCUGAUACCACAACCAGAGGCAGGCUCUGAAGAAGCAGAAUUAGCAGACAAUGCUGCUGCAGAAGCAGAGUCCUCGCCAGGGGAGAAGGAAGAUAUAGAACUGCUUGAGCAAGCACUGGAAAAAGCUCUUCGGGUCCGCACUGGCACAGAGGUCUCUAAGCAAGACUCCAGCAAGAGAAAACUAUCCACAACUAAAGAAACAGAAUGCAUGCCAGCUCUAUCAGCAGUGACUAAAGAUAAUCAGCCAACCAGCAAGUCAAGUAAAAAAUCUGCCAGCCUUCACAGUAAAGGGCACAAAAAGCCAAGUGUUUCACAUAGCUCAAGGCCUUCAGCGGGCCAUAAACCAGCACAGUCCAAAAACAGAACCCAACACCAUCCCUCCUCAGCUGCUCAUGCCGGGCAUCACCAGCAGACUGUCUUGGCAGGGUUUGAAUCUCCUGAUCAAAUCACAGCUUUGCUCUCGAAAAACAAGACGGUCAGAAGCAAUAUGCCCCGAGACGAUGGGCUGAGCAAAUCUGCAUCUGUCCCCAUGCCUUCUUCAGAUCACAUGUCCUUUUCAGGGACAGAUGGAUCUGGGGUCAGCAGUUUGCAUCAACAGAACGGGGGCCUUCCUGAGCAAAUUGCAAAAUGGAAAUCUUUAAGGAGCAAACAAAACAGAUUGUGGGACAAAGUUAUUGCUUUACAGAGGAACCCGGAGCCUGGGAGGAGUCGCUUCAUACAGAGAAUGAGGACGACGUUUCCUAGUGAUUGGCCAAGUGGAAGUCCAGAUGAGACCAGGUUUCAGCUCCACAGACUAACCGGACAAGCAUUCAACCUUGCACAUCUUUGCCAGACCGAGAAGAUUCUUGUCAAUGAGGUGCCAGAAAUGGACACUGAACUUCCGAGUGGUAAGCAGACCAAGUCCCAUUCUGACCUGACACCAGCAGGGCUGCAGCUGGCAGCUGCAGAGCUCCAUGUCCUGGCAGAUAAAGUGAAGCAAGAGUCAAAGGCAUGGGAUCGAUGGAGGCCAGAGGGAGGGUGUCUUUGCCCGUCUGAGGCAGCUGGCCUGUUUGCAGAUGGGGCGGCUUCACCUCUGCCCCUGACCAUAACCUACAGCACACAGCAGGAGCUACAACAGCUGGAGGAGCUGCGGAUGAGAGUGGCACUGCUGCAACAAGAGACUUACUUUGAACAGGUUCUCUUGGACUCUCUGUCCCCUCAGUUUUCAUCCAUCGGACCUGGACCUGGAUGUCCCGGUCCAAGUACGCUCAGAGACAUGUACUCCCUGCUGGGUGAGGGAGGGGAGCGUUUUGCUGCGAUUGUCCAGGACUCUGAGCAUGAAUGACAGCUGAGGUGGUCACACUGGGAGUAAACAAAAAAGCUUAGCAGCAGGUAUGGUUACAUGAGUCACCUAUUAGCAUACGGUAGUGCAUUGAAAACCCAAUAGUCACUUCUUGUUGAAAGAUUAGUUGAACCACAGUAUAAUAAAACAUUAAUAAAUCAUACUGAAAUCUCUAUUAAAGUUUCUCCAGUAAAUUAAAAUGUAUAUUUGUGUGAACUCUGAUUGAUGACCUAUCUUUAACACAUCUGAGCUCCUCCUUAGCUCCUGUGAGCCUAUGACUGAUUAAUGUUUUUGAAUUUUUUCUUCUUAAAUAUCACCAGAUAUGAAUGAAUAUAUGGACAAAUACAGUUAAUGUUACUGAUAUGUGCUUAUUUUUUAUAAGCUAAUUUUUUUCAUAAACGCAUGCUUUAUGAAUAAAUUAUUUAACACAUUUUGUUAUAUUCCAUUUCCAAACUUAAAUGUAUUUAUUCUGGUGACCAUAAAUAAAGUUCACUGCAACAAAUUGCCUCCAGAAGUCACCUAAUUAGUAAAUAGGUGUAUAAUCUCAUUUUGGUCUAAAUAUAGCUGUUUUGCAAAAAGCUUUAGAAGUUUUUUAGAACAUAAGUUAAAAAAAACAACAUUACAAAGGAUUAUGUUAUAAAAUAUCCCAAGCUUAAUCCAACUGAAAAUCUGUGACAAGACUUGAAGAUUGUUGGUCAGACACUGGAUUUUAUUUUGGGGUACUAGUGUAAAGGGAGGGAGAGUGAUAAUUAACUACAUGUUUUUACAUUUUUGUUGGUGAAAAAUGCUGAUCUUCCAUGCAUCAUCUUCCUUCCACUUCACAGUAGUGUGCUACUCAGUCGAUCUCAUAAAAUCCCAAUACAGUGGAAGGUUAUGGUUGUUUAAAGUGUAUGAUAGCAUUUGCUGAGCAUUUUUAGUUAGACAAUGUGCCAGCACUCAAUAUGAGAAGCGACCACAAAGUGACAGAUGUUGUUACUCUGGGCAGUGUGUUAAAAUAAACCUGUAAAUUGUGAA